GGGUGCGCAGCGGAUGCUGCCUGGCCUCGCCUCCGACUUCCUCCGUCAAAACCCUCCAACGGCAGCAGCGGGGCCGCGGGCGGGGCCGUGCCGGGGCCAUGGCCGAGGGCAGGAGCGGCAGCGCCGGGCUCUUCGCCAGGCAGGUCCAGAAGCACUUCAGCCGCGCCCAGGAGAAGGUUUUGCAAAAAUUGGGCAAAACGGUGGAAACCAAAGACGAGCAGUUCGAGCAGAGCGCCUACAACUUCCAGCUGCAGCAGAACGAGGGUCACAAACUCUACAAGGAGCUCAAGGGGUUCGUGGGAGCCGUGAGAGUGAUGCACGAGAGCUCCCGCAGAGUGGCCGAGACGCUGCAGGAGAUUUACAGCCCCGAGUGGGACGGGCACGAGGAGCUCCGGGCCAUCGCCGACAGCAAUGACCUCCUGUGGGAUGACUACGAGGCGAAGCUGGUCGACCAGGUCCUGCUGCUCAUGGAGAAUUACCUGGUCCAGUUCGGGGACUUUAAGGAGCGCAUCGCCAAGCGGGGCCGAAAGCUCGUGGACUACGACAGUGCCCGGCACCACCUGGAGGCUCUGCAGAGCGCCAAGAAAAAGGACGAGGCCAAAAUCGCCAAGGCCGAGGAGGAGUUCAAUAAAGCCCAGGCGGUGUUUGAGGACCUGAACAGGGACCUGCGGGAGGAGCUGCCCGUCCUGUACGGCAGCCGCAUCGCCUGUUACGUCACCGUUUUCCAGAACAUCUCCAACCUCCGCGACGUCUUCUACAAGGAGAUGAGCAAGCUCAACCGGGACCUGUACGAGGUGAUGAGCAAACUGGAGAAGCAGCACUCGAGCAAGGUGUUCAUCAUCAAAGGUGUCCCCAGUAACCGCCGCUCUCUGGUCAUCUCCGCGCCCGUGAGCCCCCCGGCCAUGUUCCCCUGCCCGGACAAGGCUCCCGUGGUGGACGCGGAGGUGACACCGGGGUCCCCCGGCGGGGACAGCGCCGCCAGCGACACCGCCACCAGCGCGGAGCUGGGGGCUGUUUCCCCCGGGCCCCCCCCGGCCUCGCCCGCCAGCGGGGGCUCGCUGGACUCGGCGUCGGUGUCCAGCGAGGAGAACGCGGAGCCCGGCGGCGACAGCGAGCCCCCGGAGCGGGCGACAUCGGUGACAGGGUCGGUGUGCAGCGAGGGGACCCCGGAGCCCCUCUCCAAGCCCGACUCUCUGUCCCCUGGCCAGGAGCCAUCGGCGACAGCCGCGGAGCAGGGGGGUGACAGCGGGGCGCGGGGGGGCCCCGAGGCCAUCGCCACCUCCCUGGCGUCACUGAUUUUAUCCGAGGCCAUUGCCCAGGCCGCUGGCACCUUGUCACCAGCGGCGGGGAGAGCCGCGGACACAGCAGGGGACAGCGCGGCCACCAGCGCCGAGGGUCGGGCACGGCCGGCGGUGCCGCCGUCCCCCCCCGCGGCUGUCCCCUGCCGUGUCCUCGGUCCCGCGGCGGCACCGGCGUGUCCCCGGGAGCCGUGCCAGCUCGGCGGUGAGCGGGGACAGCGCGGUGACACCGGGGACAGCGCGGAGGCGGCGGAUGUCGAGCCACAGGGCUGUUCCGGGACACCGGAGCAGGACACGAGCCGGGACCCCUCAGGUGCUGCAGAACCCCCCCAGGAUCCCCCCGAGUCCCUCAGCACCCUGUGAUCCCACAGGGAAACGAGGCGUCUUCCCUAACUAAAUUCAUUCCCCAGAAAGUAUUUCCCAGCCCCCAUCCCGUAGGAAAUAAAGAUGGAAAAGGUGGAAAAA